AUGGCUCCCUCGGCCGCUGCUACUCCUAAAAGACAGGGGACUCCCGUUUCCACCGCUCCCUUGCCGCCCCGUCCAGUAACUAGUCUCAGGGAGUUUUCAGCACCUCCAGAAGUCGAUUCUUUUUACUCCAAAUAUCAACCUGGUGUGCCCAUUGCCAUUGAUUUCGGCAGCAGUUAUGUUAGAGCUGGUGUUACCAACGGUCCCGAGCCCAACAACACGUUUCCCAACGUGCUGGCUCGUUAUAGAGACCGCAAGGGCGCCGUCAACUUGACUCUUGUGGGCCAUGAUGUCUACCGAGACGCUUCGAUAAAAUCGUCAAUUCGCCCUAGUUAUGACGGUACGUUCAUCAGCAACUGGGAUAACGUCGAGACGGUGUUGGACUACACAUUUGAACACUUGGGGGUCACCAGCAAUAACAACAGAGUGGAUAAUCCCAUUAUCAUGACAGAACCACUUGCUAAUACUCUUUACCAUCGCAAAGGAAUGUAUGAGCUUCUUUUCGAGGCGUAUGGUGUACCUCAAGUGGCAUUUGGAAUUGACUCUCUUUUCUCGUUCUAUGCUAACUGCAAGGGCCCAGCGCUGGGCUUGGUUAUAGGCGCCAACAACAUUCUGACCCAUGUGAUUCCCGUGCUUGAAGGCCGUGGAAUUCUUCAGCAAGCCAAGAGAAUAGACUAUGGCGGCGACCAGGCAGGCCAGUACCUUCAGAAGCUUCUUGCGCUCAAAUACCCGUACUUUCCCGCUCGGCUCACCAACCAAAAUUAUGCUACCAUGCUCACAGAUCACUGCUAUUUUCUGAAAGAUUACCAGCUGGAAAUCUCGUCGUACCUCGAUAUGGAAAAUUUGGAAAAAACCGAUGUGAUCCUCCAGGCCCCGGUGGAAAUAGCGCCGGUUGAAAAGAAAAAGUCAGAAGAAGAGAUCGCUCGACAAGCUGAAAGAAAGAGAGAACAAGGUCGUCGUCUUCAGGAACAAGCCCGCCAAAAGCGUCUUGAAAAACUCGUACAGAAAGAAAAAGAGCUCGAAUACUAUACACAGCUCAAAGCAGAAUUGGGGACCAUGACUCCGAAACAGGCUCAGUCUCGUCUUGUUGAAGAUGAGUUUUCGUCUAUGGCAGACUUCAAUAAGUACGUUGCAGGUUUGGAGAAAACCCUCAAAAAGUCAAGAUCGCAAGAUGUUGGCGACGCAGAAGAAGAUGUGGAUCCCGCAGCCAGCUUUCCGUUGGUCGACGUUCCUGAUGAGGAGCUCAAUGACGAGCAAAUCAAGGAAAAGAGAAAACAGAAACUUCUCAAAGGACAUAUGGAUGCGAGAUUGCGUGCCCAAGAAGAGAAGCGUCAAGAGGAGGAGUUGGCUAUCCAGCGUGAAAAGGAACAAGAAGAGUGGAGAGCCAGAGAUUUGGAAGGCUGGUGUGCUACGGUUCGUGAGCAGUGGAAUGAGGUAGUGGGCAGAAUAAGGCAUCGUACCAAGAUGAUGGAAUCAUUUAAAGACAGAAAGUCCAUGGCAGCACAGAAACGUAUGAAGAACAUAGCGACGCUCGCACAAGAUCCAGAUGCUGGUUCUAAGAGACGCAGAAGGAACGUUAAUUCGGCUACCAUUGAUAACGAUCCCAACGACACUUUUGGAGCCAAUGACGAUGACUGGGCAGUCUACCGUGAUAUAUCUAACUCUGCGCUACAAGAAGAGCAGGAAGCGGAUCACGAAGAAUUGCUACGGAUUGAGCAACAAUUGCUCGACUACGACCCCAGUUUCCACCACGAAGACACAUUUGCGGCAUCUCAAACUUUUGACUGGCGUAAUUCGGCCCUCCACAAAUUUCUUCAUGGGCCUCGUGAAAACAUUACUGUGAAAUUGCAGGCAGAGGGCACUGAGCCAGAAGACCUACACUCACAUCCCGAAAUCUUGAAAAAAAAUCACCAGUUGCAUUUGAACGUCGAGCGCAUAAGAGUUCCCGAAGUACUUUUCCAGCCUUAUAUGGCAGGUUUGGACCAAGCUGGAAUUCCUGAGCUUGUGGAGGAUCUUGUUGUGCGCCGUAUGGAUGGAAAUUUUGCAGUUGGUGGACAAUCUCGCAAUUUAUGUGGUAACGUUUUCGUGACUGGCGGAUGGGUUCAAAUGCCCAAUUUUACAGACCGUCUUCACUCGGAAUUGCGCCAAUUCUUGCCGGUAGACGUACCGUUGAAAGUAUGGAGUGCCGCCGAUUAUAUGAGGGAUCCAUGGCGAGGAAUGAAGCUAUGGUCGCAAUCUGAUGAGAGCAAGAAAAGCUACGUUUCCAAAGCCGAGUACGAUGAGUACGGACCAGAAUACAUCAAGGAGCAUGGAUUAGGCAAUGUUUGUUUAAUGUAA